CAAAUCAGUCCGUUUCAUGCGCAAAUUCUGUAACAAAUUUACGAUAGGCCAAUCAAAUUAGAUGAUUUCAGUCGCUAAAAUUGUCAUUGCAAAUUAGUUAUAACAGGUCUUAUAAAUCGGGCCCUCUUCAAUGUGCAUUUUGUCAUUUUCCAGUAUUUAUAGCGUUAGGCAAUACUAUAUUCAUCCACUUUCAAUAAGUGUUAUUUUGGAAUUAAUUGAUUAGAACAUAAAGGAUAGGAAUAUACAUCUCGAUUUGGACAGUUCUAACAUUUGAGCCCCCCCCCCCUAAAAAAAAAACAUCGCUGGAUCCGCGCCUAUAUUGCAAAGGAGACCUUUAGGCAGCUAACUUUUAUUGUGUCCGUUCUCGAUAGUCAUAAUUAAUUCGUAUAUGAAUCGGAAACUGACAAUCUAGCUCAGUAUUUUUUCAGAACACUAUAUAGAAAUAUACCACUACGGGGUUACAUCACUUCCAUGUUCAUACCCUUUAUUAUGAAGCCUAGAUUUUAUGCAUUUUUUUUUCUUCAAUUAUCUUUAGGCCUCCAAAGUUAUUAUUUUGCAAAAAUGUUCGUCCGUGACUCACAAAUCACUCUCUUUGAUUAUGCAUGCAGUGGCCCCAUAGAUUCUAAAGAAAAACUAUGGUCUCUGUGGCAUUUUCUGUGCUAUCGUCUUUGCAAUAGAGAUAAUGUAUGAGCUUCACCUAUCUUUGUAUUUCUCAAAUGCCACAUAUUUUCAUUUACUAAAAUACUCCAUAUUUGCAAAAAGUGAUUUAAAAUUUUCAUUAACCCUGACAACAUUGGUCUUCGUAUAAUGAAAAUUGUGUAUGUGGCCCUUUUUUGUUUGCAAUCACCUGCGUUACAGUAUGGUACAAUAAUCUCGGCAAUAGCAAUCCCUUAACAAUUAAAAGAACUUAAUUAUGCCCUUGGCUUUGCGUGACAAAAAUAAGGGGAUAGUAUUCUUCCCUUUGUCCUAUUAAGUCAACGAUAAUCCCUCCGCUUCUCUAUGAUCAGACACCUGUCAAUUGGUGGUCAAUUAGGGUCUUAAUUGCCUCCUUGAAGUCAUUAGUCACUGAUCUUACACUAUAAUCCCCAAUAUCGGGAACAACAGACUCCAAACAAUAAGAUACCUCUUUCGAACAAGACGAAAGAAUGUUUGGUGGAGGGUCAUAUUGGCAAGACAAAGGGAAUAGGAAUAGCGACCCACCUGAUUUUGUGAUAGAAAUGCAAGAAAAGAACAGGAUCUGGGUGUUGAUAUAAUUAAUUAUAAAAGUUGCUGUCUUUGUCCAGGGUUAAGACGAAAUAGUUGUGCCAUAUUGAUUGGAAUAUAAGACAUGAGGGUGACAAAGAGAGGUAUGUGCUACUAUCAAACUUUGCAUACUUCAUAAAAAAAAGUUCGCUCAAGAUUUCUAAGCAGUAUUAUUUUGUAUUCAAAUAGAUUUUUGAAUGAAUUUAUAUUGUUAUUUGAAUGUCCAUACGAAGAAGUAAUUAGAAUGCUUAAAGGUCGUAAUUUUAAUUCAUAAUAUCACCACAGUGGUGGAUGUCAUUUUGUCCAUAUACCGAGCAAACGGUACGAGUAACUAAAGGAAAAUAUUCGGGCCCUAACGAGGAUCCAUGUGCUGAAACUCACACAUCCUCUGGGAAUGCGUCGCGGGCUUCCGUCGUUUAUCUAGCUGGAGGAGGAGCCAGUUGCCAUGGUGACACGGCGCCGCACAGUCUGGGGGAUCUCCACCGAUAGGCAAUCAUGUUUGGUUAUCCUGUUUACAAUGUACACAGCACCAACAGUAGUGACAGGAAAACUACUAUUUCGCCAGACCUUUAUCUUCUCUUCCUUUUUUUUCCUGUACUCGAUUGAAAAAUGUGUGUAACAAAAGUCAUUUGUAGGCUUAAUAUGUUCAGAAACACACAUUGUGCCUUGCAUACAAUAUAUUCGAAAAAACUAUGAAUUAAAAUAGUCAAAUCAUGAUCAUACCUUCUUGAAAAGGUCCGAUGUUGAUGUCUCGUGCCCCUGUUGAUUUACAUAGAGUGUUUCUUCUGUCAUUUUAUACACAACUUACAAACAGCAUUACGAUAUUUCAGGUGGAAUCUGUCAAAUUCUAUUAUUUCAGUUUGGUUUUUGCACAAUGAUUAUAAGUUUUACUCUGAUUGUUUUAAUCAUUGAAAGGGAUGGUCGCGAGAAGUGGUCUCUAUUUUCUGUAAUUCUGUUCGACUGACCUGGAGAGGAGGGAGACUCACUCGACGGUUAAUUAAAAUUGUUGAAUGUGCAUGUUUUCUUAAAAAAAAAAAAAAAAAAAAAAAUGGGAAGGAGUGAAAAAUAAUUUCGUGAGGAAAACAGCCGAGCCAAUCACCUGCCUACUAUGUAUUCGCUGAGCUCACAUGUGACGGCUAAUAGCACUGCCUUUGUGGAGGCGAGUCAGGUGUUGGAGCUUUAUCAGGUUAAUAAUUCAUGAGGCGUAGGGUAUAGCGAUCUCGCAGACGGCUUGAAUGGGGCUCAGCUCGGCCACUCAGACAGAGUGGCGCCGCUCUGCAAGGUGGGUCUUUUCUUCAUUCCUCAGCCUAUAUGUGCAGGUGCUUUGUGGACCGCACCAGACUGGAGCCAACGAAUUUUCUUCUCAUUGUUUCCGCCGCUAAGGCAUGACAAACAAGAUUCCCUUUUUCUAACACUUUAGGGGUUGGCUAACAAUAUUUUUAAAAAGACAUUGUCAUACUGAAAAGGGAGAAGAGGGAAAAUUGCUAUUGGAAUUGGGAACAAUAAUUUGAUAGCAUGUAAUACGCGUAACAAGCGAGGCAUCGAAAUGGCUUUAUCGAACUUUCAUAACCCAUGCAUGCGAGGUAAUGCAGUGUGUUCUAUUUUGUUAAUCUGAAGUUAGUACCUUUUGUUUGCAUCUAUUAUACUUCAAUAGUAGUACAUCAAUUGACUUUCCGCUACUAGACUUUUCCACUUGGUUGACUCUAAGCCCUUGUGUUUCAUCGCUGCUAAAAAAAAUCCUAACGAAGCUUUUUAUUCAAGAGCUGAUUGUGAUGUUAACACACACCUUUUGGAUUUGAUCCUCUUUUCUCCGCGAAUUAAAUACUGAAUUGCUGUUCUAGGUGUUUGGAGGAGAUAGUGUUCAUCUUGCUUGAGUGACCUCAUUCAAAAAAAGCUUCCUGAUUCUCAAGAGGGGUGGAACAGAAAAGAGUCGAGCAUCUUGUGUUGAUGACCGGGAGAAGUGAUCACCUCCGCAUUUUAAUAGUACCACUGAAUGGCUUUUGUCCUUCUCUUGUUCUCGAGGACAAAACCCCAGACUUCGUGUCUCUGCCCUCGUCGAGCGCUCCGCCAAUCUUUCUCAAUCUGUCCUCAAGUCACCGGCGCGACAACAACUCCACCGCUCUCUCCUCUCUAUUUAUCUUGUCUUCUGUCCAACAAGAGCCACCCAUUUAGAGAAAGCUGGGGUUUUCUUCUCAUCUAGAUGUUUUUAGACAUCGAGCAGUGGAUAUUUUAUUCCAAUCAUCCCGAGAUUCAAGCGGAACAUAUUACAUCGAAUAUAUUUUGUAUCUCUCCUUUGGAAUAUACCACCAAAAAGGAGAGAUAUAUGUGGCUUCAGUUCAGCUUUCGUGUUAAUCAUCUCGACUCAUUGGAAAAUUCAAGACAUUGGAUAAUUACCUCAAGUUCAAAGGACUUUUAGAUAUCGAUGUACAUGUAUUCGUUGAUAUAAACUAUUUUCUUCUUCAUCAUGUUCAUGUCUUACGGACUGCUUUGCACUUUUAGCAACCAUCGGUGACCUGAUAUUUGUGAUAAAAAUAAUCGCUUCGACAUUGAUCUGUAUUGACUUACCUGUGAAUUAGGGCUGAAAACAGUUUUUUGUUCGCAACUGAUUGCUAUAUUUUUGCUUCAAAUGAGUGGAGAUAUCCCUCAUAUUAUUUUGUGGUGUGCGUGAUUUUGGAGAAGCUUGUCGGCACCCCGAAAGUGACAUGGUGAUGAAGUAUCACUACCUCCAGUACAGGCGGCUUUUGCAUGCCUCAGUUGACAUCGAUGGAAACCCAAAAGGCAUGACUCAGGCAAUCCUCACAGAUGGUAACGACCCUAUAUCUCCCAGCCCAGAGAAUGGUUACCAUAGCAACAGCUCUACAAUCGAGGACAGUGAUGGAGAUGACAAAGGAAGCUUCAUGGAUGAUGAAGAUGAGGUCGAGAUGGACAAGGAAACGAGCGAUGGGGACAAGGACGAUGGGGUGGACGACAUGGAACCAGAUAAGGAGUUCCAUCAGAAGAAUGGAAUGCAUCACCACCAUCCUCAUCCCUCUCCUCACCCCCCUCCUCAUCAGUUCAGGAAUGGGGAGACAGGAGUAGAUGGUGUCAUCAACUUGGAGGAUUACAUGAACCGCAGCGACACUGCCAUCAUCUAUCCUGAACCUGUAGAAGACAUGGAUGGAGUCAAUGGCGACACAGACGACCCUGAUACCCCAGGAGGAAAUGACAAUGAAACUGAAAUCGAGGGCGAGCUUGGAAAACCUGAAGACUGCCCGUACUGUGAUCGCUCAUAUAAACGCCUCACCUCCCUGAAAGAGCACAUCAAGUACAGACACGAGAAGACUUUCAACAAUUUUUCUUGCCCGGAAUGCAACUACUGCUUUGCCUACAAGUCCCAGUUGGAGCGUCAUAUGGCCACGCAUAUGCCAGGGCGCAACCAAAUUUGUGAUAUCUGCAAUAAAGCCUUCGUGAACAUUUACAGACUCCAACGACACAUGCUGACCCACACAUCUGGGAAUCGCAAGUUCAAGUGUGGAGAGUGUGGUAAGGCUUUCAAGUACAAACAUCAUCUCAAGGAGCACUUGCGUAUUCAUAGUGGAGAGAAACCGUAUGAAUGUCCAACUUGCCUCAAACGUUUCUCACAUUCUGGAUCCUACAGCUCUCACAUAAGCAGCAAAAAGUGUUCACCGGUCAAGGAGCAACCUCCGGCCCUCAGCAGGAUAGCAGGAGUUCCUCCAGUCAAAGUAAUCAAUAGCCUUCCCUCGCCUGUUUUGCAAUCACCUCAUAGCGAUAUAGACACUUGUGAAUCAAGACCAUUAAGUGAGCCGAAGGGUAGUGCCCCAGCUUUCAUGACUCCUCUCCACAUCAAGAUUCCCAAUGCUGAUGGUUCUGUUCAGGGUCUCCCAAGCAGCGAUACAGAGGACAAUGGAAGCACUACUCCUUUAACAAGUCCUGCAAAUGAUGCUGUAAAGAAGGUGCUUCAAAUUGUGGCAUCUACUGUGUGCAAACAACAGAAAGACGGGCAAAAAACUGACAUCUCAAAAUUAAAGAAAACAAAGACAACAAGCGACACAGCCCCAGUUGUUGCAAGUCCCUUUGAAAUCAGACCUUUCAAGCUUGAAAAAAUGGCAGCUGUUACUCCCUUGCCAAAGGCAACACCUUCUCAAAAGACACCUGAAGAACCAGAAAAACCAAAAACUUUCUUGAAUGGAAAUGGUGUUCAUCAAGAGAAGAAGAGUUAUAACAUUGUGGACUAUACCCUAAAGAAAGUGCAUGAAGCUCAAGCAAUUAAUCGCUGUUUGGAAACGCGCUUUCCUUCUCAGAUUAACCUAAAUCCAGACAGAACAGGAUGUAAGUAUUGUGGACGAGAGUUCCACAGUCCUAUCGAUCUUCAUCAGCAUGAGCGUUAUCUCUGUGACCUCAAUGAGGAUGUGCUGAAGAUGAAGCUCUUCAGUGGCAAUCCACAGCCUCAACAAAACAUUGGUAAUUUCACUUUAGAUCGCUAUUACGAGAUGCAACAAGAAUUCUUAGCCCAACACAAGAAUGAUGAGAGUUCUAACCAUGACAAAGAAAAGGAGAAUGAUGAAGAAGAUAUUGAAAGUCCUCAGGAGAUGUUGUCAUCACCAAGAGAGAGUGAAAGGGUGAGGGAACAGCACCUGUCUCCAAAAGCUAGCCCCAAUUCAGGAAGUGAGAUUUCCCCUCGUAAAGCUGAGAGCUUUGAACCCGAGGCUACCGAGACAACUGAUAUAUCAAAGUUGCUUGAGACCAUUUCAAAGGCCCAAGAACAGGCUCUACGUGCAUUCUAUGCCAUGCAAGCUAAGCCUUCUGAGGACGGUAUUGAAAAAAUUUCAGUAGCACUAAAUUUGCCUAUGCAGCUUGUCAACAAGUGGUUCCAGCGCACACGUAAGCUCGAGGAGGAGGGCUCGGAUCCAUCGCUUAAGAGCUUGAGCUUAAUGAGGCAAUCCCCAGUUGUGACAGUUGUUCCACCCACACAGCACAUCAAAGAACACCCGGGAGCUCAAGCUAUCGAUAGCAAGGAGGCUUGUUUGAAAUCCCCGACAGAGAACUGCGAUUUGGAAACGGCUUCAGUCAGCAGCAGCAGUGGUGAGAGAUUGGGUGAUUCAGACAGCCUCCCUCCUUCCCCAAGCAGCAGUAUUAAUUCCUUACCUAAAGACUCCACCAGAAACACCUUUCAUAAAUACAAGAGAAUGGAUGUCAGCCCGACAGGCAGUGAAACUGAACCCAGAGUGCGUGAGCGAUUAGAGCCCAUGGAUAGAGAUACUCGAUCCCCCGCCCGAUCUGUUACACCAACCAAGGAAACAACAGACACUUCUCCACUUGAUCUUUCUCUGCCAAAGCGGAAAGCGACACCUCCACCUUCUUUGAGCAGGUCUUCCAUCCCACCAAAGCUUGUCUAUGGCUACAACUACUCGGCACUCUAUUCUGCUGCUGCAGCUGCCGCUGCCAACGGUUACCUUCUUCCUCCAGCAUAUGCACCAUCUGAGCCGCUCACUUCCAGCCUUUACGAGAACAGCAUCAAAGCUCACAAGAGCAGGACAAGCCCAAUCCCUGGCAAGACCAGCACCCCCUCGUCCACAGCCACCAACAACACCUCGUCGGUAUCAGACGCCAGCAUGCUCCUGAAGCGGUCAUACCCUGAGCCUCUGUAUGCUUACCUUCCCACCAUGGGUGGCUAUGCCGCCAAGAGGAUGAGAUUUGCUGAUGGAGUAGAUUACCCUGUGGCCCCACCUCCGGUGUACAGUUCUCAUCUUCAGGUGCCAGAUGUCUACAGUGCUCUUGCCAAGACUGGUUUCAUGCCCAGUACCAUGGCCCACCUAGGUGCUGCCUAUGGACCAACCAAUCCUUUCCUACCUGCUAUGCUCAAUGGAGGUGGACUUCAUCAAAACCAUGCCGCAGCCGACAAUUCAUCUGACAUCGCGUCAGAAGAUUCAAUGAGCGACAUUGGUAUUGGUCCUGGAAGACGCAGGAGAUCGGACAAGCCAUCCAGGACCUCCUCGGGACAGUACGCCUGUUCACAGUGCCCCAAGACCUUCCAGAAACACAGCUCAUUACUCCGACACGUCUACGAGCACUCAGGUACUUAACAAGAAGCAAGCGUCCUCACCAGUGCAAGGAAUGUGGCAAGGCUUUCAAGCACAAACACCACCUGAUGGAGCAUUCGCGGCUCCACUCCGGCGAGAAACCCUACCAGUGCGACCGGUGUCUCAAGAAGUUCUCCCACUCGGGCUCUUACAGCCAGCACAUGAAUCACCGCUACAGCUACUGCAGGCGCGAUGCCUUGGGCGCUGCCGGUGGACCCCACCUGGACGGUGCGGAGAAGGAGAUGUUGGGUGACGGGAAGGAACCAAUGAUGAUGGACCAUCACCAGGGUGGGGGCGAUGAGAUGGAGAUCGGUUUGGAGAGUACAGGUGCUAUGAUACGGAGGAUGGAGGACAAACAAAUUGCUGGGGUAUAAGAUUGACAUUGGAUUCCAAACCAAGGAGAUUUAGGAUCAUGACUCGUUAUGAUCGGGAAUCAUAUAUUUUCAUAUGAUGCAGAAAGGAUGGGGAAUGUUUCGACUGGGAAGGUACCUCAGAUUAGUGUGUUGAAGAAAUUAAAUCGACACUCAUUUUGUGAAGAAGUAAGUUUGUGUUCUCAUUGAGGUCUUCACUGAUCCCUGUUUAAACAAGUGAAUUAUCAGUGAGAAAAAUAAAUUUUGGUUUAUUCAUUAUUCCAGUUCAGGUUUUAAAAAUGAUUGGUGCGAUUUUACAGUAAAAAAAUUGAAUAAUUAUAAUAAACAGUAACGUGAUAUAAUCAAGUAACAAAGGUCUCGUAAUUUUGAGUUUUCUUGAUUUAUUCUUCAAAUGAAGAAAGAGAAAAAAAUAUUUUCUACUUUAAGUAAAUAACAUGAUGUGUAUUUAAUCAGUGUCUGUUUUUCAAUUUGUCUAAAUUUUGUCUUCAAAUAAAUUAAGAGAAAAUUAUGGUAUCUAUUUUGAGUAAUAAUUUAGGAAGAUAAUUUUUUUGUGAAAUGAAAAAAAAAUACGGAAAUGAGAUUUAUCAGUUCUGUAAUUGAAAGAACUCAUAAUUUACAUAAUUGUCCUAAGCUUAAGAAAGAGGAAAUCUAAGACAUAUUUUUUAUUAAAAAAAAAAGAAUAAGGAAAUUAAAGGGACUUGAGACCUAAUUGUGAAGAGGGAGCAAGUUAGAGUACAAAGGCGAAGUAUGUUGCAAAUGUUUGUACUACUCUUCCUUCUAUGUAAUGUAUAUAUGAUCAGUACAAUGAUAGAGACUUGAGUAUUUUUGCAAUUUGAGCAUUAUUUAUCUAACAGGAAAUCACUUGGUGAUUUAAGAUUCCACCAAACACAUAUUCUUCCACACUUUAACAUGGAAAGGAUGGGAGUAAGCCAAUUGUUGAAUUGGAGUCGUACUGGACCGGAAUAAUUGUUGAUACUGUCCUUUGAGAAGGACAUUGAAUAGAAGAUGGCAUUUAUAUUAUUAUUUAUAUAGCUCACUUUGACACUGAAAUUAAGUCUGUCAAUUUAAUGUAGGGGUAGCAUCAUAACCUACUCACCAAAUCUUGUGCAAUCUCGAUAAGACCGACAGAUAAGGCGCUGUUUAUACCAUGGCACCUGUUCCUACGCAAAAUAUAUUAUCUUGCACGGAAAUGAUAUGUGGGGAAAUACUAUUGUUCAUAAUAUUUUUUGUUAAAAUGUCGUUUAAAGUGCCAUUAAUUUUUGUUUGCUCACAAAUUCUCAUUCCUCAAAGAAAUAGUUUAAUUCCAUCCCCCUUCUCUCUAUCUCUUUCUCUACUUCUCUUUCCCUAUUUUUUUCUUCUGCUCCGACUUCACUUCUUGUGAUAAAUGAAAUCAAAGAAAUCAUGUAUGUGAAAUACUCCAAAGAGAUAAAAGGAUCCCAUUCAAUUCAAUAUCUUUUACAAUUCGCAACGUUAUUGUUUAUUUAUUUAUUUUUUCACUCAUUCUGUUGUCUAGUUUGUCUCCAAUGUAAGAAAUGUUUAGUAUUUUUUUAUAUGUAGCUUGUUUAGUUUGGUUUUAUUUCUUACAGAUGAUAAAUUACAAACUAAAUACUUCAUAUCUUCCAUACACUUAUGUUUCUUUUAAUAUUUUUGUUGGCCCUUUUCUGUAUUUUCUUUUCAUGUCGGAAUUUGCCAGUGGGUAUUUUGGGUUAUGAAUUAAUGAUGUACAUGGAGUUGUGUAUAAACUUAUUUAUUCUUGUUGAUGUGUAACUAUUUAUUCAAAAAUGUAAGAUAUUGGUCAAGAAAAAUUGAGUGGGCCUCUGAUUUUCUUUUAUAGGUGGUCCGACCUAUUUAUGUAUUGUAGCAAUGUUGCUAUUUUGAAACAAAAAUAAAGUUAAAAAAAAUAUUAA